GCUAUCCACUCUGUGGCCUGGCAUCAUGAAGGAAAACAAUUUAUUUGUAGUCACUCAGAUGGUACCUUGACCAUAUGGAAUGUAAAAUCUCCUACCAAACCAUUCCAGACAAUCACUCCACAUGGAAAGCAGCUGAAGGAUGGAAAGAAGCCAGAACCUUGCAAACCUAUCCUUAAGGUGGAAUAUAAAACAACUAGAGCUGGGGAGCCCUUCAUCAUUCUCUCAGGAGGCUUGUCAUAUGACACUGUAGGAAGAAGACCCUGUUUAACAGUUAUGCAUGGGAAAAGUACUGCUGUGCUAGAAAUGGAUUAUUCUAUUGUUGAUUUUCUAACCCUCUGUGAAACACCAUAUCCUAACGACUUUCAGGAACCAUAUGCUGUAGUUGUUCUCCUAGAAAAGGACUUAGUACUGAUUGACCUUGCACAAAACGGGUACCCUAUAUUUGAGAAUCCCUAUCCUUUGACUAUACAUGAAUCUCCAGUUACCUGUUGUGAAUAUUUUGCUGAUUGUCCUGUGGACCUCAUACCUGCACUUUAUUCAGUUGGCGCUCGACAGAAACGUCAAGGUUACAGUAAGAAGGAAUGGCCUAUCAGUGGAGGCAACUGGGGUAUGAUUACUCAGAGCUAUCCAGAGAUAAUUAUUACAGGGCAUGCUGAUGGGUCAAUCAAGUUUUGGGAUGCCUCAGCAAUAACGCUGCAAGUACUCUAUAAGCUAAAAACAGCCAAAGUAUUUGAAAAAUCACGGAAUAAAGAUGACAGGCCAAACACAGAUAUAGUGGAUGAAGAUCCAUAUGCUAUUCAGAUCAUCUCGUGGUGUCCAGAAAGUAGAAUGCUGUGCAUAGCUGGAGUUUCUGCACAUGUCAUUAUUUACAGGUUCAGCAAGCAGGAAGUGACGACAGAAGUCAUUCCGAUGCUGGAAGUACGUCUGUUAUAUGAAAUAAAUGAUGUUGAAUCUCCAGAUGGUGAGCAGGUGCCACCUUUACCAACUCCAGGCACAGGUUCCAAUCCUCAGUCCAUAGUUCCCCAGUCUCAUCCAUCUACUAGUAGCAGUUCAUCUGAUGGACUUCGUGAUAAUGUCCCAUGUUUAAAAGUUAAAAAUUCUCCUCUCAAGCAGUCUCCAGGCUACCAAAUUGAGCUAGUAAUCCAGCUAGUGUGGGUGAGCGGAGAACCUCCUCAGCAGAUAACCAGCUUAGCGAUCAACUCAGCGUAUGGCCUAGUAGUUUUUGGAAACUGUAAUGGUAUUGCCAUGGUUGAUUACCUCCAGAAGACAGUGCUUUUGAACCUAGGCACUAUUGAACUGUAUGGCUCUAACGAUCCUUAUCGCAGGGAACCACGAUCUCCCCGAAAAACUCGUCAACCUUCUGGAGCAGGUCUUUGUGAUAUUAAUGAAGGUACAAUGGUGCCAGAAGAUCGCUGCAAAUCACCCACUUCAGGUUCUGGUUCACCAAACAAUUCUGAUGAUGAUCAAAAAAUGAAUAAUUUUAUAGAAAAGGUGAAGACCAAAAGCAGAAAGUUUUCCAAGAUGGUAGCCAAUGACAUAGCAAAGAUGUCCAGGAAGCUAAGUUUGCCAACUGAGUUAAAGCCUGAUUUAGAUGUCAAAGACAACUCUUUCAGUCGAUCCCGGAGUUCUAGUGUAACUAGCAUUGAUAAAGAGACACGCGAGGCAAUUUCAGCUCUUCAUUUUUGUGAGACUUUCACAAGGAAGGCUGAUACAUCACCUUCCCCAUGCCUGUGGGUCGGGACCACGCUGGGUACAGUGCUUGUCAUUGUGCUGAACUUACCCCCUGGAGGAGAGCAGAGACUUCUUCAGCCAGUAAUUGUUUCUCCUAGCGGAACCAUCCUGAGGCUAAAAGGGGCAAUCUUGAGAAUGGCUUUUCUGGAUACCACAGGGUCUUUGGUCCCACCAGCACAUGAGCCCUGGAGAGAACACAAUGUUCCUGAAGAUAAAGAUGAGAAAGAUAAAUCAAAGAAGCGACGACCUGUCUCAGUGUCCCCAUCUUCCUCUCAGGAAAUCAGCGAAAACCAAUAUGCAGUGAUAUGUUCUGAAAAGCAAGCGAAAGUUAUCUCACUGCCAUCCCAGAACUGUAUUUAUAAGCAAAACAUAACAGAGACUUCUUUUGUUCUUCGUGGAGAUAUAGUGUCAUUGAAUAACAGUAUCUGCCUUGCAUGUUUCUGUGCCAAUGGACAUAUUAUGACUUUUAGUUUGCCAAGUUUAAGGCCAUUGUUGGAUGUAUAUUAUCUGCCACUCACCAAUAUGCGGAUAGCCAGAACAUUCUGCUUCACCAAUAAUGGACAAGCACUCUAUCUGGUCUCACCAACUGAAAUACAGAGGCUCACCUACAGUCAAGAAACGUGUGAAAAUCUGCAGGAAAUGUUGGGUGAGCUCUUCACUCCUGUAGAAACACCAGAAGCACCGAACAGGGGGUUCUUUAAAGGCCUGUUUGGAGGUGGAGCACAGUCACUUGACAGAGAAGAACUCUUUGGAGAGUCAGCAUCUGGGAAGGCAUCAAGAAGUCUUGCCCAGCAUAUUCCAGGGCCUGGGGGUAUUGAAGGUGUCAAAGGAGCAGCAUCUGGUGUAGUUGGUGAACUAGCACGAGCCCGUUUGGCACUGGAUGAAAGAGGACAGAAACUAGGAGAACUGGAGGAAAAAACUGCAGCUAUGCUUUACAGUGCUGAUUCCUUCUCUAAACACGCUCAUGAGAUGAUGUUGAAGUACAAAGACAAGAAGUGGUACCAAUUCUGAUGAUGCUCAUCAAUUACAUCUGUUUAAUUUUGUCUUGAUGAAAAAAAUCUUGUUUUUUCAUUAAUUUUGGCAGGACCGUUGAAGUUUGGAGUAUUCACCAUUGGAUACUGUUGUUUCCUAGCACAAAUCACACACUGUUUUACCUCAGUCGUGGCUUUAACUGAGGAGCUUUAUAUUUAAAAGAAACACACUAAAAAAAACAAACUUGAGUGUUUCUUAGCUGUUGGUUAGCUGAGUUGGAACAGAGAAGGUAACUAGAACAUGUG